AUGGCUCCGCUCCGUGCGCUGCUGUCCUGCCUGCUGCCCCUACACUGUGCGCUCUGCGCGGCUGGGGGCAGCCGGACCCCAGUGCUGUCCUUCUCCCGAAAGCUCAGUGACUAUGGAGUGACAGUGCCCUGCAGCACAGAUUUCCGGGGACGCUUCCUUUCCCAUGUGGUGUCUGGGCCGGCAGCAGCCUCUGCGGGGAGCCAGGCAGCGGAUAGGGCACCCGCAUCUCCAUCACACGCCAGUCACCUCCGGGUGGCCCGCAGCCCCCUGCACCCUGAGGGGGCCACCCCGCAGCCCAGCAGUGCAGCCCGCUCCUUCCUGUACUUCAAUGUCACUGUUUUUGGGGAAGAAUUGCACCUGCGCCUGCAGCCCAACCGGCGGCUGGUGGUGCCCGGAGCCUCGGUGGAGUGGCAGGAGGACUUUCGGGAGCUGUUCCGGCAGCCCUUGCGGCAGGAGUGUAUCUACACUGGGAGUAUCACCGGCAUGCCAGGGGCGACUGUCGCCAUCAGCAACUGUGAUGGAUUGGCGGGCCUCAUCCACACAGACAGAACCGACUACUUCAUUGAGCCCCUGGAGCGGGGGCAGCAGGACAAGGAAGCCAGCGGGAGGACGCAUGUGGUGUACCGCCGGGAAGCCGUCCAACAGGAGAGAGCGGAGCCUCGCGGGGACCUUCACAAUGAAGCCUUUGGCCUGGGCGACCUUCCCAACCUGCUGAGCCUGGUGGGCGACCAGCUAGGUGAAGCAGAGCGGAAGAGGCGACACGCCAGGCCGGGCAGCUACAGCAUUGAGGUGCUGCUGGUGGUGGACGACUCGGUGGUGCGCUUCCAUGGCAAGGAGCACGUGCAGAACUACGUCCUCACCCUCAUGAACAUAGUGGAUGAGAUUUACCAUGACGAGUCUCUGGGGGUGCAUAUAAACAUUGCCCUGGUCCGCUUGAUCAUGGUUGGCUACCGACAGUCUCUGAGCCUGAUCGAGCGUGGGAACCCCUCCCGGAGCCUGGAGCAGGUGUGUCGCUGGGCACACUCUCAGCAGCGCCAGGACCCCGGCCAUGCAGAGCACCAUGACCAUGUGGUCUUCCUCACCCGGCAGAACUUUGGGCCCUCAGGUAUGGCAGGAUACGCACCCGUCACCGGCAUGUGUCACCCCCUGAGAAGCUGCGCCCUCAACCACGAGGAUGGCUUCUCUUCAGCCUUCGUGGUGGCCCAUGAGACUGGCCACGUACUUGGCAUGGAACAUGACGGUCAAGGAAACGGCUGUGCAGACGAGACCAGCCUGGGCAGCGUCAUGGCCCCCCUGGUGCAGGCCGCCUUCCACCGCUUCCACUGGUCCCGCUGCAGCAAGCUGGAGCUCAGCCGCUACCUCCCCUCCUACGACUGCCUCCUUGAUGACCCCUUUGCAUCCCCCUGGCCCCGGCCCCCGGAACUGCCCGGCACUGACUACUCAAUGGAUGAGCAGUGCCGCUUUGACUUCGGCUCUGGGUACCACACCUGUUCGGCGUUCAGGACCUUUGAGCCCUGCAAGCAGCUGUGGUGCAGCCACCCUGACAACCCCUACUUCUGCAAGACCAAGAAGGGGCCCCCGCUGGACGGCACGGAGUGUGCACCUGGCAAGUGGUGCUUCAAAGGUCACUGCAUCUGGAAGUCGCUGGAGCAGACUUAUGGCCAGGAUGGAGGCUGGAGCUCCUGGACCAAGUUCGGGUCAUGUUCACGGUCAUGUGGGGGCGGGGUGCGAUCCCGCAGCCGGAGCUGUGAUAACCCCCUCCCAGCCUACGGAGGCCGCCUGUGCCCAGGACCCAUGUUCCAGUAUCAGAUCUGCAACAGCGAGGAGUGUCCAGGGCCCUACGAGGACUUCCGGGCCCAGCAAUGUGCCAAGCGCAACUCCUACUAUCUACACCAGAACGCCAAGCACAGCUGGGUCCCCCACGAGCCUGUGGAUGAUGCCCAGAAGUGUGAGCUGAUCUGCCAGUCAGAGGACACGGGGGACAUAGUCUUCAUGAACCAGGUGGUCCAUGACGGGACACGCUGCAGCUACCGGGACCCCUACAGCGUCUGUGCCCGUGGGGAGUGUGUGCCUGUCGGCUGUGACAAGGAGGUAGGAUCCAUGAAGGCCGAUGAUAAAUGCGGGGUCUGUGGCGGCGACAACUCCCACUGCAGGACUGUGAAGGGGACGCUGGGCAAGGCCUCCAAGCAGGCAGGAGCUCUCAAACUGGUACAGAUCCCUGCAGGUGCCAGGCACAUUCAGAUGGAGUUGCUGGAGAAGUCCCCCCACCGCAUUGCGGUGAAGAACCAGGUCACAGGCAGCUUCAUCCUCAACCCCAAAGGCAAGGGAACCACGAGCCGGACCUUCACCUCGAUGGGCCUGGAGUGGGAGUACUCGGUGCAGGACGCCAAGGAGAACCUCAAGACCAGCGGGCCGCUGCCCGAAGCCAUCGCCGUCCUGGUGCUCCCUCCGACUGAGGGUGGCCCCCGCAGCAGCCUGGCCUACAAGUAUGUCAUCCACGAGGACCUGCUGCCUCUUAUAGGGAGCAACAACGUGCUCCUGGAGGAGACAGACACCUAUGAGUGGGCACUCAAGAGCUGGGCGCCCUGCACCAAGGCCUGUGGAGGAGGUAUCCAGUUCACCAAAUAUGGCUGCCGGCGCCGCCGAGACCAUCACAUGGUGCAGCGGCACCUGUGUGACCACAGGAAGAGGCCCAAGCCCAUCCGCAGGCGCUGCAACCAGCACCCGUGCCCCCAGCCUGCGUGGGUGAUAGAAGAGUGGAGCGCUUGCAGUCGGAGCUGUGGCAAGCUGGGGGUGCAGACUCGGGGGGUGCAAUGCCGGCUGCCCCUCUCGAAUGGUACCCAUAAGGCCAUGCCGGCCAAGACCUGCCCCGGAGACCGACCAGAGGCCCGGAGGCCCUGCCUUAGAGUGCCCUGUCCAGCCCAGUGGCGGACAGGAGCCUGGUCCAAGUGUUCGGCCACCUGUGGAGAAGGCAUCCAGAAGCGGCAGGUGGUGUGCCGGAACGCGGCCAGUCUCGGGCAGUGUGAGGGGGACAAGCCGGUCUCGGUCCAGGUCUGCAGCCUGCCCGCCUGUGGAGGAAAUCUUCAGAAUGCCACCGUGAAGGCUGACAUAUGGGAACUGGUGACCCCAGAGGGGCAAGAGAUGUCGAAAUCUGGGUCCCCACAUCCCAUUCACAAGAUACCAUCAACUGAGCCCUGCGUGGGGGACAGGUCUCUCGUCUGCCAGAUGGACGCGCUCGACCGUUACUGCUCCAUCCCCGGCUACCACCGGCUGUGCUGUGAGUCUUGUACCAAGAAGGCCUUGGGCCUGGGGGUGAGCCCGGACCCCGGACUGUCCUCACUGCCAACCUUAUCCACUCCUGGGAGCCCCAUGCCAGGACCUACAGCCCCUCCAGAUACUGUGGAGUCCUCUGGGAGCCCAGGGGGAUCAGACAGCCGUCAGCAUCGCAGACCCACACAGCUCCCAGAGCCUCUGGAUACAAGCACCCCAGUGACUCAGUACCCCUUCACUCCCCAGAAACAGAGCCCUAGAGCAUCCUGGGGCACUUCCCCUAGCACCUCUGGGGGACGACCUUGGGGUUGGAGCAGAGCACCUCUGCCAGCCUCUGAGAAUAAGGAGCAGCUCAGAGAAGAACCAGAGCACCCAGGCACCCACAUGCCUGCCACCUCCCCAGUCACAUGA